AUUAUUAUUAAUUGUAAAAGAUGUUUCGGAGUAACAAAAUAAAUAUAAUUUGCGAUCCGUUAACAAGCAUGUUUUGCCUAGAGUAGUUCAGAAAAUGGCAGCCUACAUGGUAUAAUAAUAUAGAGAAAGGCUGGCAUGCAUAUAUGUAAUAUAUGAAAUAAAAUUGUUUCCUUUUAUAUUUAUUUUGUUUAUGCGAAAAUAAUAAAUAAAGUUUAACAAUGGUGCAAAAUGUAUCAUGUUUCCUUAAUGUGUUGUCGCGAUAUAAAACACGAAGAUUUCCUAAUAAUAUUCCUUAUCGGCUACUAUCGUCGUCUGCAGUGAAUAUAUCGGAAGUAAUAGAUUGCUCAACCAAAGUAAAACAUCAAAUAGAGAAUCACUGGAAGGAUAAAAUAAAUUCCUACAAAUUCAAUACUGAUAACAAAGCAAAAGAUAAAUUUUAUAUUCUAUCUAUGUUUCCGUAUCCUUCGGGUGCUUUGCACAUAGGUCAUGUGAGGGUUUACACAAUAAGUGAUACAAUAGCCAGAUUUUAUAGAAUGAAAGGUAAAAAUGUAAUUCAUCCCAUGGGUUGGGAUGCUUUUGGAUUACCAGCAGAGAAUGCUGCUAUUGAACAUCAAGUUGAUCCUGUUGUAUGGACAAAAGACAAUAUACAAACAAUGCGUAAUCAACUGACAAUGUUAAAUUAUUCUUUUGAUUGGGAGAAAGAAUUUGCAACUUGUGACCCAGAUUAUUACAGAUGGACACAGGAACUGUUUUUAAAAUUAUAUGAUAGAGAUUUAGUAUAUCAAAAGGAAGCUUAUGUUAAUUGGGAUCCUAUUGAUAAUACUGUAUUGGCUGAGGAACAAGUAGACUUGAAUAAGCGGUCUUGGAGAUCUGGUGCACUUGUAGAAAAGAAGAUGUUGAAGCAAUGGUUUAUUAGAACAACAGCUUUUGCGAAAUCAUUGAUGGAAGGUUUGAGUGAUCCGGACUUGAAAGGAUGGAGAGAUGUUAUAAAGCUGCAGAAGCAUUGGAUAGGCGACUGCAACGGUAUUAAUAUCGAUUUUAAGUUAAUAUCUGAUAUUCCAGAUUUUCCAAAAACAAUGACUUUAUGGACUGACAUGCCAGAAUUUAUUGAGUAUGCUAAGUUUGUUGCUAUAUCUUCUCAAAGUGUAUUACAUCGUGAAGAUUAUACACACGAUAUAGACACCGGCAUUAAAUGUUUAAAUGCGAAAAUAUUGAAUCCAUUUUCUAAUGAAGAACUACCAAUCUUCGUCACCGAUAAGAUUGUUUAUCCACUGUGGAGAGACAACCGUUUGGGUAUACCUUCCGCGUCCAUGAAAGAUUUAGAAUUUUCGGAGCUAGUUGGGAUACCGUUCACUCGGCAUACGAUACGUAGUUACGAGCAACAGCAACAGAAAUUAUCUGAAAUAUUGCAGAAGGCCAGAGAAUGGAAGAUAGGUGGAUAUUCAGUAAGCUCAAAAUUGCAGGACUGGUUAAUUUCGAGACAGAGGUAUUGGGGUACACCUAUACCUAUGAUUCAUUGUGCAAAAUGCGGGAUUCAGCCAGUACCUCGAGAUCAACUUCCUGUGACGUUACCGUUUAUAAAGCAUAUAUCGAAUAAAACUUUAUUAGCCAAAGAAAUACAACAGUGGUCGAAGACAAAAUGUCCCAAGUGCACAAAUCAUGCAAGAAGAGAAACUGAUACCAUGGACACGUUCGUAGAUAGCAGCUGGUACUUUCUGCGCUUCAUAGACCCUGAUAAUACGAAAGAGAUAUUUUCAGUGGAAAAAGUCAAGGAAACUUUCCCUGUGGAUCUUUACAUAGGUGGAAAAGAGCAUGCCGUGCUCCAUUUAUAUUACGCUCGAUUUAUGAGUCAUUUCUUGCAUUCGGAAGGUCUCGUACCAAAUCGAGAACCAUUCAAACAACUCCUUGUGCAAGGAAUGAUAAUGGGUCAAACAUAUAAAACUAAAAACAGCGGCAAAUACAUAAAUGCAAACGAAGUGACUAUAAAUAAAAAUGAAUACAAAACUUUAUCGGGAGAAACUGUCUCUGUAAGCUGGGAGAAGAUGUCAAAGUCAAAACACAAUGGUAUUGAUCCUCUUAAUCUGUUGAACAAAUAUGGGAUAGAUACGACUAGAUUGUUAAUAUUGGGCGAUGUUGCACCGACGUCUACUAGAAAUUGGUCAGAAGACACUGUUCCUGGCAUACAGAAUUGGCAAAAUCGUAUUUGGAUUACUGUAAGACAAUUCAAACAUGAACGUGAUAAUAUGUCUCUGGAGGAGUUUCAAGCUGCACCUACUCACCCUGAGUUUGCUGAACACGAAACAUACUUAUUCGACAGCCGAAAUUAUUUUCUGAAGGCUGUCACGCGUAACAUAAUAGAUACGCAGCAGCUCAGUGUGGCGAUAUCCAGAAUGCAAGGUCUUACAAAUAGUUUGCGAAAAGUUAAUAUAGAAUGUUUGAGAAAAAGUCGUGAAUACGAACGGGCGUUAGCAGUUCAAAUCUUAAUACUUGCACCUUUUGCGCCACACUUUGCCUCUGAAUUAUGGACUGCUUUUUGUUCUGCAAAGCACCAUCUUAUAGAUAGUAAAGAAGUAAAUUUGAAUAAGGAUAUAUUGGAACAGAAAUGGCCAGAGAUCGACAUGGAUUAUAAACUAACAUUAUAUGUUUUCGUCAACAAACGACAGUUUUUUAAAAUGAAGCUUCCACGACGUAUGUUAGACGAAAUCACAGCAGAAGCGGCAUUAGAGCAUGUGAUUCUUGAUCCAUAUUAUCAAAAAUAUUCGCACAAUAAGAAAAUUGUAGAAGUCAGUCUUCAAUCAGAGAAAGGCUGUGAUGCGACGUUGUAUAUAACCAUAGAAAAACAAAUGGAAGAUAUUGUGUUAUAAUACUUUUGCUAAUAAGAUAUUGAUGAAGUUUAUAUUAUAUUCACUAAUUACAAUUAUAAACAAUAUAUAAACAAAGUGUAAAUCCCAUUUCAACUAUUAAAUUUGCUGCUCACCUAA